AUGGCUAAUUCAACAUAUGCUAGCUCAGAUUCAGAGGAAGAAAUUCAUACCAAGGCUCAGCAAAGGCUUGAUAGCUAUUCAGAUGUAGUUAUCAGUCAAGUGAAUGAAGAUUAUUCAUAUACAUACGAUGGUCUUUUGCAUAAUGAUAUUAUUUCUUUAAAUGAUGGAACUGUCAUUAGAAUCGAUAUAGAUAUUCUAAUUGGUGUGCCGGGUCAUACUUUGGGUGCAUUACAUUAUUGGGAUCCUUUUACUAACAGAGACUAUUUGUUUGUUAUCAGAAAUGAUGGAAAGCUAUUUAAUUUUAUUAAUAAUGUUCAAUAUGACGAAAAUGAAUUACCCUCCAACAUUCUUUCUGAACGGAGGAAUUCUAAUUCUAGAUGGAUCUGCUUGGAGACACGUAUUUUAUUUUCUAAUGACAGUAGUAAGGAUAGUACUACUCCGACGGAAGCAAAGCUAAUUAUUGAUGAGAAUUAUUUUUUAUUAUUCUGUUGUUGUUAUCCCAAGGAACUCUUUGUUAUUAAAUUAAGAAGAUCCUCGAUAGAUGGCCAGCAAUUGCUGUCAUUUGAAACAAUUAAUAAUGAUGGGUUAAAUAAAGAGUGCAUCUAUUUACCAAUAUCAAUAGAUUAUAUUUAUUAUGAUAUUUCAUAUCAUGAAGAAUACGCUACUGGAAAUGAAUUUUUAUUUGUUUCGGCACUGGUGAAUGAUUAUCUUUCAAAUACUUUCCAUUUAUAUGUCUACCAAUAUUUCCCAAAGACCAGCGCAAAACGGUCUAAAACUGUUAAAGAUGGUUUGCAUUUCAAAUUGCUAAUUGACAAGAUAAUCGAUACUGACUCAACUUCACUCACCCUCAAAGCGGUUUAUAAUGUAGGGAUAAUAAUAUUUACCGAAUUAGAAAUCAUAGUAGUGCCAAUUGAUAGUAUUAAUUCUUCGCUUGUUAUUAAUAAUUUCCGAUUUAAUUCUGCAUCUAACUCCAAGGACAAUGUCUACAAGAAAAUUCUUUCCAAGAAACUUCCACAGAAAUUUUUUAAGGAUGUUAUUGUAUCACCAAUUAAAAAUAAUGGUUCGUUACAAUUCACUCUAAUUUUAAAAAACUCAUUUAGAUAUAUUACUAUACAUUUAAAUUUAAUCUUUAACGACAUAGAAAAUGGAUUAGCUCACUACGAAGAUUUUAUUGUUGAUGAUAUAAAACAAUUUCAAACUAAUACAGACGAUUAUGUAAUAACAAACGUUUAUUAUUCCACUGCUUUGACUACUAAAUUUUUUGUUAUAACUUUUACCAAUGGCCUUCUGUAUACCAAUAUUGUACCAAUACCAAUUUCUAAUUUCCAUUUUAUCCCCUCGCAAAUUUGUAGGCUAAAGAAUAAAAUAAAAUUAGAUUCUCUAGUUAUUGAAAAUCCUGUCAUUAAAUAUGAAUUUGCAGAUAAUUUUAAUAAAUUAAUUUCCAUUGAUGUUGUAAGAGAUGAAUCUUCAAUCAUGACUAUUAAUUAUUUUGCAUUAGAAAAUAUUUUUAAUGAGGGAAGCUAUCGAUCCCUUACUCAAAACUGCAACACGAAAAUUAAAAAUAUUUGGAACACAGAUAAUGGUAUAUUUUAUAUAGAUGAUUUAAACAUUCUAUCUAAAUUGAAUGAUCCAGAUUUUGAAGCAAUUGAAUACGAUAUUCAAUUUAUACCGAAGAACUCAGACAUUAUUAAAGAUUUUGAUCCAGAUAAUGUUAUUGCUAUCUCAAACAUUCAAAUUACACAUUCUUCUUCGAAUGAGCAGCUAGAGAGAUUUUCUAAUGAUUUUGUUUUUAUAGACUCCAAUGGUGUAAUUAGAAGCUCAAAUUCAAAAAAGAUUUUUGUUAAGCCAAUACGGUUACAAAAUUUCAAUAAACUAUCAAAAUUUGUGAUAUCCUCCAUCUAUUUCCAAGAAAAAGACUCCUUACAAACUGUAAUAUUAAAUGAUGAUAAUCAGUUGUUAAUAUUAGAAAAUUAUGCUACCGGGAUAAAUAAUAAAAGAAUCAUCUCUCUUGAAUCAAUUCUUGACAACUCUGUUUGCCAUGAAAUAUUAAUUACCCAACAUAAUCAUUUGUUUUUAUCUGAUAUUAGUGGUUAUCUUUAUGAUAUUGAUAUUGUAAACAAUAAAUUGAUUAAUAAGGUUAAAAUCUCAGACAAUAGAUUAAAUUUUGAAAUUCUUUCAAUGGAAAAACAUUAUACUUUAGUUUAUUCCGUUGAUUGUCUGUUCAUUAUAAUGUUUAACUCUAAGUUUAAGAAAUAUCACAUUAAUAGAAUUGAUAUUGAUUUAUCAUUGAAACGAAUAUCUGUAUUAAAUGAAAAUAAUAUAAUUUUUUUAACAAAAGACAACAAAAUCUUACAAAGCAGCUUUGCUGACAACUCAGUCUCAUGUUUCAAGCCUUCAUCAUUAAUUACAAAGGCAGUUACUUUUAAAAAUAUAUCUCAUUUAUGUCUGUUUAAAACAAAUAUUUCUCAGCAAUAUAUUAUUUCUAGUUCAUUAAAAUCCAAUGAAUCAAUUAAUAGUUUUAAUAUAGACUCAUCUGGAGCAAACUCUACUGAUUCAAUAUUACAAAUACAUGAUAUAAUAAAUAAAGGUGAAGUGGCCUACACUUUUAAUCUUUCGGAAAUGUUCCCAAAUUCAUUUGUUACUUCUAUUAUUAGUUUACCAUAUAAAUUAAGAAGUGUUAACACUUUACCUUAUUCUGCAUAUAUUAAAUCUCAAAAUUAUGCCAAAAAUUUAACCUUUAAGAAAUGUUUUCUAGUAUCUUUGGACUAUGAAAAUCAUCAUAUUUCUUCAACAUCUACAGAAAGUACUACUGCAUUAUUAAAAAAUCUUUUAUUGUUUUCAAUAGAUCCCUCCAAUGGCUCUUUGGAAUUGCAAGGUUCUUUUAGUUUGGGGACAAAUAUUAUAAAACUCAUACCUUAUAAAAACGAAGCAGUUAUAGUAUUUGGUGAUUGCGUGAAUAUUAUAUCUAUCGAUUAUUCAAUUCAAGAAAAUAUUUUCAAUAUCAAUGUAGAAUCUAACAAUCUUUAUUUCCCUUACAAAUUGCAGGGAUGUGAAUCAAUUGAAGAUCAUUCUAAUAAUGGCCAAUUGUUAGCAUCUCUUCGUGUAGCACAUAAGCUUAUUCCAGAACACACAAGAAUAAAUAGAAUGAUUUGUUUGACUAAAGAUUAUAAUUUAAAAGAAGUAUUAAUUAUUACGAAUUUGAAGGCAACAAAAUCAGAAAAGAAAUAUUUAAUCGUUCCUAAUAUUUCUUCUGAGUCAUUAGAAAUAAUAAAUACUUGGAAAACACCAAUGAAAGGUAAAUUACUAAGUUCAAUAUCUUAUAAGAAUAUUAUGGUUCUAAAUAUAGCAUGGUAUGCACUAUGUUCGGUAACUGAAGUUUAUUUAAGAAAGGUAAAAUUGGACAUGAUUCAUGGCGGUGAACAUUUAAUCUCAGAAUAUAAAAUUACUUUACCCAAUCAAAUUAUUAGUAUUCGUUCAAUAGAUCUAUCUGAGGAAGGGAAAUUUGAUGUUAAUCAUUACAGGGGACUGUUUGCUAUCAAUACAGUAGGAGGAGGACAGUUUAUAGUAACCUUUUUACCUAACGGAGGGGAUACCUAUCUCAAUGAAUCAUUUAUAAAUCGUCUAUCUGACUAUUGUGUUGAUAAAAUAGAGGAAGAAGCUAAUUUGGGAUAUGAAUUACCUAUUGAUGAACAGAUAUUUUUUGUAGAAAACAAGAAUAGAAGAGGAUGGAAAAUUUUGAAAUAG